UUCAAUAGUCGCGGGCUACUUGAAUUGAGAAAGUAACGCUGAUCACCGCCGGGGCUGAAAGGGAACUCAGGCUGUGUUGGGAGGAAUAGAGCAGCUUUUUUUUUUUUCUUCCAUGGCUGGUUAAGUGUUAAGAUUAUGGCGCUCUUUCUUGUAGCUUAGCUCGUAUUUGCUUUAUUGUUUUUGUUAAAACGCUGCUGUUUAAAUUUUUGUCUUCCUUAGCAACAGCGACUUCUAGACGGUCGGGUAUUUCUCCAACAUGUCCUCCUCACAAGGAAGCGCGCUGGAGGGAGCAGAAGAUCUUUACCAGGAGAAUCAGGAGAACCUGCCUGCACGGCUCCGAGGAGUAAACAAGAGCAGGCUGGAGAGCCAGGAGAAUGUGCCUGCUCAUAAACCGGGCACCAGGACCGUCCUGGGCGCUCUGGCUAACAACCCACGCCGACAACCCGCUCAGCGAGCCUCUAAACAGGGCUCAGCACCCCCAGCCUGUAAAUCAGAAGACGCCAACAAAAGCUAUGUUGAGAAGCCUGCAGCCAAGCAACCUGCUUUUCAGAUUCACGUUGAUGAACCUGAUGGGGCCUGCUCCAGAAAACGAGCAUCCACCAAACAAGCGACAGUGGAUCGUUCUCCGUUAACACUCAAUCCAACUGUAACGCGGCUCAGGCAGCCUCUCGCUACUAUUGAUCUGCCUAUGGAUUGCAGUUAUGAGUCUCCCAUGGACAUGUCAAUAGUUGAGGGUGAGGAGAGGGCUGUGAAUGUAAACGAAGUUCCUGAUUAUGCUGCUGAAAUUCACACACAUCUAAGGGCAAUGGAGGUUAAGUGUAGGCCAAAAGCGGGCUACAUGAGGAAGCAGCCAGAUAUCACGAACAGCAUGCGUGCCAUCCUGGUGGACUGGCUUGUAGAAGUCGGAGAGGAGUACAAGCUCCAGAAUGAGACGUUGCACCUGGCUGUGAACUACAUUGACCGCUUCCUGUCCUCCAUGUCCGUCUUGAGGGGGAAGCUGCAGCUCGUUGGCACAGCAGCCAUGCUCUUGGCUUCGAAGUUUGAAGAGAUCUACCCCCCUGAGGUGGCAGAGUUUGUCUACAUUACUGACGACACCUACACAAAGAAACAAGUGUUAAGAAUGGAGCAUCUGGUACUGAAGGUCCUCUCUUUUGAUCUGGCAGCACCCACGAUUGUCCAGUUUCUCACCCAGUACUUCCUCAAGCAGCAAGUGUGCAACAAAGUGGAGAGCUUGUCCAUGUUUCUUGGGGAGCUAAGUUUAGUGGAUGCAGACCCCUUCCUGAAGUAUCUUCCAUCUCAGAUUGCUGCUGCCGCCUUUAUUUUGGCAAACUUCACCAUCAUGGGGGUUUCAUGGUCCAAGCCUCUGGCUGAGGUGACUGGCUAUACCUUGGAAAACCUCAUGCCAUGUAUCAAAGAUCUCCAUCAGACCUACCUCGGUGCUACUCAGCAUGCACAGCAGUCCGUCAGGGAGAAAUACAAAGGCUCAAAAUACCAUGAGGUUUCUCUACUCGAGCCCCCACAGAACCUGAUGUUGAAUUAACCUUGACGUUCCUCCUCGCAGAUUCCAGACUAACAGGAAUUGUGUACAGUCCUCACCUUACAUAAACGUGUAACUGCAAUAACGGACACCGUGUUUUGAAGGACAUGGUGAAAUUAGCAUGUGUAUAUUUUAAGGACAGUCCUGAAGGACUGCUGUUUUUAAUGCUUGAUGCAUCCAGAUAUCUUGUAGAUAAGCAUUUUUUUUUUACUUUUUUUUUAAAAAUGAAAGCAACCAAAGUGGUUUUCUUUACAAUUUUGAUGGAGAUUUUUUUUUCCACACCGAUAUCUAAAUAAACCACUGGGGUUUUCUAUAAAAA